GCAGAAUUCACAGCCAUGAGGGACCAAUACAUGCGAGGCGGAGAAGGCUUCAUUAUCUGCUAUUCCAUCACAGACCGCCAAUCCUUUCAAGAAGCUGCUGAGUUUAAGGAACUCAUUUAUCGUGUCCGGCACACCUAUGACAUCCCCUUAGUGCUGGUGGGAAACAAAAUAGAUCUUGAAGAGUUCAGACAG